UCUCCCUCGCGCGCAAGAGAAGCGCACAGUCUGCCGAGAGCGCGUGAGUCAGUUCGCGUGCAAAGAGAAAAUCCCGAAGAUCUUUUAACAUAACGCUCGUGUUUGUUAUCUCUGAAAAGCAACCGAACAACUCUUCAGGCGUAAGACAUGUUUGAAGUUUCACAAUCUGGGGGCAUAAGAAGCCCGGAUAACUCGUCGUGUACUCAAAUCAGUUUGUCUUAAUCGUAGGGACUGUCAUGAAGUGUGCGGGGAAAAUGGAUCUGUAAAGGCGCGAUCUUUGCCUGUCAGUUGGUGCAAGUGUGGACGGAGGGGCUCGUUCAGGAGAUGGGAGCUCCGAUGGCUUCAGGACUUUGGUUUGGACUAGUGCUCACUGUGGCGACUGUAUUGUGUGCAGAGGUGGAGGAACAUUUAGUAAACUAUUUACUCUCCCCUGACCGAUACAACAAGCUGAUCCGUCCGGCAGUCAACAAGAGCCAGCAGGUCACCAUUGCAAUCCAAGUGUCCCUUGCCCAGCUCAUCAGUGUGAAUGAGAGAGAGCAGAUCAUGACCACCAACUGUUGGCUCACUCAGGUAUGGAAUGAUUACCGUUUGAUUUGGGAUCCAGAGGAGUAUGAAGGGAUAAGAAAAGUGCGCCUUCCUUCCCAGCAUAUAUGGCUGCCUGACAUUGUUCUGUACAACAAUGCUGAUGGGACAUAUGAAGUGUCUUUCUACUCCAAUGCGGUUGUGUCAAAUAACGGUGAGGUUGCCUGGCUACCACCAGCCAUUUAUAAGAGUGCCUGUAAAAUUGAGGUCCGGGACUUCCCAUUUGACCAGCAAAACUGCACACUCAAGUUCCGCUCAUGGACUUAUGACCACACAGAAAUCGACCUCAUCUUGCUUUCAGACUUUGCCAGCCGAGAUGACUUCAAGCCAAGCGGUGAGUGGGAUAUUGUCUCGUUGCCUGGUCGCAAAAACGAAGACCCUAAUGACGCCACAUAUUUGGAUAUAACGUAUGAUUUUAUCAUCAGACGUAAACCGCUGUUCUACACCAUUAACUUAAUCAUCCCAUGUGUUCUCAUCACUUCACUGGCCAUCUUAGUUUUUUACCUACCGUCAGACUGUGGGGAGAAGAUGACUUUGUGUAUUUCUGUUCUUCUGGCCUUAACUGUGUUCCUCUUGCUUAUUUCCAAAAUCGUACCACCGACCUCACUCGCUGUGCCCCUCAUUGGAAAGUACUUGAUGUUCUCCAUGGUCUUGGUGACUUUUUCAAUUGUUACAAGUGUGUGUGUGCUAAACGUGCACCAUCGUUCCCCAAGCACACACACAAUGCCCAAAUGGGUCAAAUACUACUUUGUGUUCCGUUUGCCUGCUUUUCUAUUCAUGCGACGACCGGGAGAGUCCAACAAAUUUCGCAGGAAGCACCAGCAGUGCUCUUCAUCUGAUCUCCCAGCAAAAAGUGAGGCGGAUGAGACUGAUUCCACCUUCUUUGUCAAUGAAGAUGCCAAGCAUAUUGGUUGGAGACCUGGCGAGUUGCAGGAAAACACAGAAUUUCAUAAGCGAAUGGCGGUAAAGUGCUCUGCAGACAUGGAGGAGGCUGUGAAGGGGGUCCGAUAUAUCGCUGACAAGUUGAAAAAUGAGGAUGAUGAUGAAGGGAUCAUCGAGGACUGGAAAUAUGUGGCUAUGGUGAUUGACCGUCUGUUUCUGUGGAUCUUUGUUUUAGUGUGUGUUGUAGGAACCGUCGGCCUCUUUAUGCAGCCACUUUUCAAGAGCUAUAACACACCCGCCACUGAUGAUUUGUAGAUCACAUAAAGUCAGACCAGCUACAACCCAACCCACAUGGCUGUUUAUU